CCCCCACUGCCUCAUGUGCCCUCCGCGCGGCCUGCUCACCAAGCAGAUCGGGAUGCCCCUGCACGAGUUGUUCCCCGUGGACUGCAGCCACUUCCCCGCGCAGCCCCGCCGCAGGACCUCCGUGCUGGCUGCCCGGGAGCGGCCGCCCAGCGCCGUCGGCCCCGAGCGGACCGUCAAGACGGGCAUGCGGGUGCGGGGCACGAUGCAGCCUACGGACGCGGACAUCGUGGAGCUAUCCGGCCGAAUGACUCCCGGCGGCCCUGCAGGCUUCCGCAGCCCGGCGAUGUCGCGGCCCCAGAGCGCGGACGACGAGCGGCAGGCCCGGGGCCGAGGGCCCAAGGCGGCCGAGGGGGUGGAGGAGCAGCCCAAGGACGGCGCCGAGGAGGUGGAGGGCGCGGUUGAACAGGCGCCAGAAGCGUUGGAAGGCGAAGCAGCCCCUGUUGCUGAAGACGUUCCGGCCGAAGAGCAGACUACCCUAGCAGUCGAUGAGCAGGAUGGGGAGCUCGCCAAGGCCGGGUCCCGCACUUCUCUCCGGCGGUCUCGGUCGCCCAGCCACAUCUCGGACCGGAGCUCCCUGCGCCGGCAGCGCAGCCCGGACCACUCCGCCGUCAGCGAGGGAGGCGACACGGAACAGGGUCAGGGCCGCCGAGGCCCGCGCACCGGCCUCUACAUGGGCACCGACCCCUGUGCCGUCUCAGCCUCGUACCGGACCUCGGGCGCUAGCGAACAGCCACAGCAGGACGGUGUAUACUCUACGGACCCCUGCGCCGUCUCGGACACGUACCGGCCCUCGGACGCCUUUGAGCACCCGAAGCAGGACGGAGUCUACUCCGGCACGGACCCUUGCGCCGUCUCGGACAAGUACCGGCCGUCCGACGCCGUCGAGCAGCCCAAGCAGGGCGGCGGCUACACGGGCACGGACCCUUGCGCCGUCUCGGCCGGCUACCGCUCCUCGGCCGGCAGCGCGUACCCUGGAGGCCUGACAGUGCCGGGAAGCGUGAUGCACCCCGUCGCGGAGGGCGUCCCCGAGGGCGCCGCGGAGGGCGGCCGCCGGUCGUGCCCCGUCACCCCCCAGGCCGACAGCAUGUCGGAGCGAAGCGCGGGCCGCGUCUCGGACGGCGUCGGGAGCGUUGGUGGCAGUAGGCGGGAGCUGCCCGGCGUGGCGGCGCAUUCGCCCAAGAAGACGUCGGUGGCGGGCGUCUUAGCGAGCGACCCUGCUGCUGUCCCCGCGGCGCGCCGUUCCAAGGUUCAGGACAGCUCCGACGCCGGGAGCGUGGCAGCAGCAAAGGAAGGAGGAUCGGCCGUGGCUGACUCGACGGGCAAAGCUGAUCCCACGACCGCGGCCGAUUAUCCAGCGGGCCCUGGAAAUGAACCUGCUGGACCCAGAACCUCGGCGGAUUCUCCUCAAGGAGCACCACCGGAGCCUGGAGCGGGCGUUGCAGGAGGGCCGCAACCUGGAGCCGAAGCACAACCAACAGAAACCAGCGCGCAGCCCUGGCCUCCAGGCAUCAGCGGACAAGGCUCUCCUGCGUGUCGGUCCAGUGGCAAUAUCCAGGCGCAGGGAGGACCGGCUCCUGGAGCAGAAGGCGGGAGCGCGCCAUCGACCAAAAGCAUGGGAGCCAAGACUGUGUCCGCGCCGCCCAGCUCCAUGUCGCUGAGCAGAGGUACGGGGCGUCGCGUAGCCCCCUGCGGGUAGGCAGCCACUCUAGCU